AUGACCACUUUGGGAAAAACGAACGAACUGAGGGUUUUGUUUGUGUGUGUCGGAAAUUCUUGUCGUUCCCCAAUGGCAGAAGCAAUUCUGAAAAAACAACUCGAAGAAGCGGCAAAAGAAAAAAAUGUAGAAAUUCAAUGGCAAAUCGAUAGUGCAGCAAUUGCUGAAUGGAAUGUCGGAUAUGCGCCGGAAGAUCGAUGUUUAGAAAUUUUGCGGCAAAAUAACAUGACUUCAGAUCAUCUGGGGCGACAAAUUUGCUUAAAUGACUUUUACACAUUUGACUAUAUUUUUGGUAUGGAUCAUUCGAACAUGCGGGAUUUGCAGGAACGCGCUCCGAAAGACACAAAAGCAAAAGUUGAGAUGUUAUGGAAGUACGAUCCAUUGAACGAAGGCAUUAUACGGGAUCCCUAUUUUGACGUUGGCAUGGAAAGUUUCGAAAAAUGUUUCGUGCAAAUUUCGCGCUGUCUUGAGAGAUUUCUACAAAAGAAGCUGACAAUUAUUCCGAACACUCCGUCAUUACCGUCGUCUAACAGUGGUUGAGCAAAGCAACUACUGGAACGAUGUUACGAAGACGACGCUCAAAUACACUCCAUUUCA